AGUAGGCUUAUGUUCUGUACUGGAUCAUAGUAGACUAAGGCUAUGCAAUAAUAAAGACUUGUCACUUGUAUUAUACCACCGAAGUGAUCAGACGGAACUUAUUCAGCAUUAUCACAUUGGCGGACGAGGUAAAUUUUCUGUCGGGAGAAAACGGCUGGCAAGCAUCUGGACCUGGAAGCCUGGAAUCUGCUGAGGAGAAUUAAGUAGCUGUUCAAGAUCUUAUUAUCAAACCCGUUGAAGAAAAUGGCUACGCUCCAUUUCAACAUAACCCCUUUCGUGGAACAUGGUGAUGGUCCAACGUCUACCAGGUGGGAAAGCUGGAGAGACCAGUUCGUAUCGUACUUGGCAUUGAAGGGAGUUGAUGACCAUGGUGAAAUGUAUCGCGCACUAAUGUGUUUCGGCGGAUCCGAUGUAAGGAAGAUUGCCCAAAACGUCGGUAUUGAUGCAAGCUGCGUACUUGACAACCCGUACCGGGCGGCAAUGGAGAUGCUGGACAAUUACUAUGCCCCUCGUAUGUCACUGCGUUACGAAAGGUUCAAGUUUCGACAGCUCCAAUUCAACCCCCACGAGACGUUGGAUCAGUUCACGUUGCGUUUGCGGUCCCAGGCGUCGCUGUGUGGUUUCGGCGAUCAAAUCGAAGAAAUGAUGAUGGAUCAAAUCGUGUUUGCUACAAAGGAAGAUGACAAGCUAAGGGCUAAAUAUCUCGAGGCAGACACGUCACUGGAUGAAAUGUUGAAGAUAGGUCGGACCUAUGAAUCUGUAAAGCUGCAAGUUCGUGAAUUCCGUGGGAUGCUGGCGCAACCCGCUCCGGUUGAGGAAGUUAAUAUUGUUGAACGUCAGAAGUAUCAGAAGCUAUGUGGAAGAUGUGCCGGAAAUCAUGGUGAGAAAAACCGGUGCCCAGCGCGCGAUUCGCAGUGUAAUUUGUGCAGAUUACCAGGGCAUUACGCUCGAUGCUGUCGUCGGUCAAGAAAGUUUGCGAAACAUCCCGAUCGGAAGUUUAAGAAGUCGGAGGACGGUUCACUGGAUUCCAGCCGAAAACUUAAGUUUGUUCGUGAGAUAGAUGACGUUACCAAUAACGUGGAAGUGCGCGAGUUGUUCCACCUUAAUGGAAAGCGGCGGGUGACUGGUACCGUUGGCGGCGUUAACGUUUGUUUUGUGGUGGACACCGGUGCUGAUGAAGAUGUGCUGAGCGAGGACGAUUGGAAGAUGUUGAAACGGACUGGUUUUGCUGCAUAUGGCGUACGUAAGGGUAGCAACAAAGUUUUCCAAGCUUAUGGGAGUCAAAAGCCUUUGACGGUCCUGGGUGAAGUCGAAGCUGAAAUCAAGAUUGGUUCCAAAAGCUGCAUUACUACCCUUCACGUAAUUCAAAAUGGAAAAUGCUCGUUAUUGAGUGGUAAAUCGGCAGAAAUGCUUGGUGUUGUCAAGUUCCUUCACGCCUUGUCCUCUGUUGAGUUGCCCUACAUCAAAGAUAUGUGUGCUUCUAUCAAAAUAGACCGAACGGUUACUCCAGUAAGGCAAGCAUACAGGCGUAUACCGAUUCCGCUGGAAGAGAUUACUCUUCUUAAGUUGAAGGAGUUAGAACGUCAGGGAAUUAUUGAAAGGGUCCAUGAAGCUUCAGAGUGGGUAUCCCCUAUGCUGGUAAAAAGAAAAAGUUCAGAUGAUGUCAGAAUAAUAAUUGAUUUACGUGAAGCAAAUAAAGCUGUUAUCAGAGAGGUUCACCCACUACCCACAAUGGAGCAGAUGAUCAGCAAACUCAGAGGAAGUACAAUUUUCACUAAGCUCGAUGUUAAACAAGCGUUCCAUCAAUUACUACUCAGAGAUGAUUGCCGUUACAUCACAACCUUUAUUUCUCCUCUUGGGCUGAUGAGAUAUAAAAGACUCGUAUUUGGAUUAUCGGCUGCCCCAGAGUUAUUCCAAAAAUGUAUGGAAACGAUCCUCGGCGAUUUCCCUUGGUUGAUCGUCUUUAUAGAUGAUAUUUUAAUUUUUGCUCCUAAUAUUGAUAUUCUGAAGGUAUAAUAUCAUGCUAAAAUAUUGUUCAAUAUUUUUAAACAUUAUCACUAUUGCAGUUUCGUACUGAACUUGUUCGUAGUCGCCUGCGGGAGAGAAAUGUGACGUUAA